AUGAGCAAACCCAAGAUCUCAAUAUGCCAAAUAAAAAGCGUCGGCGACAUCAAGGGGUGGAACUUGAAAGGAAUAGAGUCAUGCAAAAAAAAAAUAUUUGGAUACGCAGAAAAUAUGCCGGGAGAAAAAAACUGGAUCAAACCUCUAAUCGGGAAAAGUAUGCAAAAUUAUUAUUUCCCGUCAAAAUAUUUACACCUCGAUUUUAACUUAAAGGAGUACAUGAGGAUGCAGACCGUACGUUUAAAAAAAAAGGAGAUAGACGAUAGCUUCAUUAAUUUGCAAAAAUGCAUUAACCUCAUAAUUGAGAACAAAGACAAGGUGGAAAAAUUUUUAGCAAACAUACCAAAGGAGUUGUAUCUCGAAAAUCAGAGCUUGAAAGAUUUUUACUCUCUAUAUUUGACCGUCUUCCCCGACCAUAUACGCCAACACGAAGAGAAGUGCCAACACAAAAAUGCGUUAUCGCCCGAAGACUUAAGAGAUUUAAAUUUGCACGAACACAAAUUCAGUUGGUUUAAACCGCGAGUGGACAAUGGCAGGGGAACGCAAGCGGAUAAGUCCAAUUUCGGGGACUCCCCUUUUUGCACACAAAAUGAAAGUGAAAGCGAAAAUUACCUGAACAAGUCAGGCAAAAUGGAAGACAAAAAGGUGACACCCGAGGAGAAGGAAAAUAGUGAAAUGCUCCAAAAGGUAUGUGAAGAAGUAACAACACACACUAAUAGUUAUGACAAAAUAAUUUUUGCCAGAACCAAGGGAAGGUUGUCAUUUAAGAGGAUAAUACUUGGGGAGAAUUCCCCGGGGCGUGGGGAUAAACCGCUCACGCGAUUGAAUUGUGCAAAGGACGUAAAUACAACUGGCCAGCAGUUACAUUAUGUAGACUGUGAUGUGAACAUAGGACUGGAGGAACGCCGAGAAAAAACGGAAGCAGAAAUGGAGGAACAUGAAAGAUCAAAAAAUCACUUUUUAAAUUUGCUAAACGAAAAUGAACAUUUACAAAACACUUUUUCAAUCAGAAACAGGUUUAUCGACCCGCUGUAUCUCCGACGCAGGUACUCCUUCAUUGACAAAUUAACCAAAAAGAAAAUAAAAAAAGAAAAGUAUAAAACUUACAGAAAGCACUUUAUUCAGCAUGCCGAUGAGAAGGAAGUGUGGCCAGAUAACAAGGGACUGCUGAACAAGGUUUACCCAAAUCCGUACUCGUGA